AUGGGUGAUACUGAACUCGCAUCUACAAAAGCUUAUAAUAAUAUGAACAAAAUUGUAUUUAUAAUAGGAAUUUUUUUGAUUUCCAUCCUGGCUUCAGUGCCUUCUUCAUUAGCUUAUCCAACAUUACGCGAUACUUUAUCAAAUACAUCCAUAAUAAUAAUAUCUGAGAGUAGAGUUUCACAUUUAGUUUCCAAUUAUAACAUUAAUAACAAUGCUGAAAAGGAUCUUUAUAAAAAAACAAAGCGCGAUUCAAUUCGUGAAAAUGAUUCAGUUGCACCCGAAAACUCUGACACUUCCAAUUCAUCUUUAGGUUCUGAUAGCACUGAAGAUUCGGAUUUAAAUGAAUCAAAAGUAAAAGAUGAGCUCGUAAUAGUUAAAAUUGCAGGUGAACCUGAAAACCAAAAUAAUGAUACAUCGUUAGCAAAUCAGCCGGAGCAAAACGAUCAAUAUCGCGAGUCAGCAGUACGCGGAAAUGAUUAUAUUCAAUUUUACGUGGUGACGAUAUCCGGACUAAGUGCUGCGUCAAUUUCGCAAAGUUCUAAUUUAUAUAUGCUGUAUCGAAUCCUUAGCAGACCUGGUUGGUACGAUUCUUGGAAUCAUAGAUUUCCUUUUUAUCUUGCGGUGCAAGAUACAUUUUUUAAUUUGAACAUGAUCGCUGAAUGGGUUGAAAUUUUAUCCACAGAAAAAUUUCCCGAAACACUCGUGUGUAAAAUCCAAGGCGGUUUUCUGAAUUUUUCGAUUGCUUGGAACGUAAUGCUAGUCACAAGCACUGCAAUAACUGCGUAUAUUAAAGUGUAUCGAGAAAGGCAAGUGAAUUUUGGACGAUUUGAUUGGAAAUUUCAUUUCGUUUGUUUAACCACACCCUGUCUCAUCAUUGGUGCUGGUAUGUUGAGCGACGCAUAUGGAACGAGUACUUAUUGGUGUCAAAUUAAUGUCGCUUCACUAUCGGGACGCAUAAAUAUGUUGGCUUUGAGUGGGAUUAUCAUUAUAUGCACAUUUAUCACAGCAUACUGUUACAUUAAAGUAAUUACGAAGAUCAAAGCAUCACUCGCAAAAUUACAAUCAAUGCGUAACAAUACAUUUCCGACGAAUCCAACUGCACUCCAGAAUCGAUAUUCCGCGUACUCGUCGACAGGUGUGGCUGAUUCUAAUAGUAGAUUUUCAGCAUUUUAUCAGGCAAGAAAGAAUAGCGUCACUACUCUUCGUAGUAAUAAUAGGAUGGCACAUGAUCGUACUUUUGGGUGGGAAGAUGAAGCGAUUGGAAAAAUGUCUAGUUAUAUUCUAGUUUUUGUCUGUCAGUGGGGACCUGGAAUACUAGCAUACAUAUUAAUAUUCAACGGUUGUAACAACAUAAUCAGCAAUACAACAAUGGUUCUGUUUGUCCAUCUUGGCGGAUUCUUUAACGCGAUCGUAUAUCUCCGACAGCACGGGUACUUUAGUCCUCGGAUACGUCCCGAGAGAUCAGCAAGUCCAAAUGACAGUUUUAUGAAGACUUCUCCUUCGCCUCAGGACUCCUUAAAAAUAAGUAAAGUUCCCUCGAAUCGAACAUCUUUAUGUGUACCUGGAACAGGAUCAACAAAUAGUAAAGGUCGAGAGCACUUGUCGACAGAUGAACCAGAAUUGAAUAUUACAGUUGAAAUUGAAUUAUGA